AUGCUAAAAAAUUUUCUUUUUAAUAGUACGCUAUUCUUAGGGGCUGCGCCAGCCCUAGCGGCUGGCGCCACUUGGGGCAGCGCCAACCCUCCGCCGGGUUGGCGCGACUCGCGACUCGCGAAAGUGCAACCGCAUCAGUCGCUACUGGACGCGACUACCGCCAACUUUGCUCUUACAAACGCUAUAUGGCUCUUCGAGCCUCUCAAUGAGAAGGAUGGGGUGAAUGUCGCCGUGCACCUCCGCCAAACACUCGGCACUGUGCUUACUUCGUAUCCUCAAUGGGCCGGCCAGCUGAAGUCCAUUGCUGUCGUCGACGAUGUGUCGGUUCCCGCCGAAGCGCAAGAGUUCCCAGCCCACGCCCGUCGCUUCGGCCGCGUGUACGCGCAUUUCGGGGCCUCUGCAGACGUCGGUGUCGAGUUCAUCUCAGGAACAAGCUCUGCGACCACGGACUCACUCUAUCCCACAGAGCGCGUGAAAACUCGGCCACUUUGGGAUCGCAAAGACGAAACUCUCGGUAGAUUUGUGCCUGCUGUCGACAUUGCGCAUGCCCUACAACCUAACGAGCCCGAUGCCGCGACGGGAUUGCGCAAGCCGAUCAUGGCUAUCCAAUGCACCACCUUUGGUUAG